AAUCAGUUUCUCCAUUACUACUACUACUACCAUGAUUGUGUUGUACUCUUAUUGGUUAAGCUCAUGCUCAUGGCGUAUCCGCUUUGCUUUGUGCCUCAAAGGGAUUCCUUAUGAGUAUAAAGCAGUGGAUCUUGUAAAAGGGGAACAGUUUAGUCCAGAGUUUGAGAAAUUGAACCCUCUCCAUUGUGUUCCGGUAUUAGCUGAUGAUCAUGUGGUGGUUUCAGACUCUUAUGCAAUAUUUCUGUAUUUGGAGGAAAAGUAUACUCAAAAGCCACUUUUGCCAGUUGAUCCUCAGAUCCGAGCUCUCAAUCUUCAGAUAGCAAGUAUGAUUAACUCCAGCAUUCAACCUUAUCAUAUGAUUAGUGCUUUGAUAUGGAGAAAAUGUUUGGUGCUGAAACAAAACAGUGGGCACAAUAUAAGAUUGACAAAGGUUUCUUGGCUCUUGAGAAGUUAUAGAAGGAUGUUGCUGGAAAAUAUGCAACAGGAGAACAUAUCUACAUGGCUGAUGUAUUCUUGGCUCCACAGAUUAUGCAAGCAGUUAAUAGGUUUGAUAUGGGUUAAUACUCAAAUUGUCCCUGAAAGAUUACGCGAUCUUCAUUUUCGUCCUCGAAUGAUUUUUUUAAUCAAAUUAGUCCCUGAAAGAUAAAAAAUAAGUCAAAUUAGUCCUUCUGUCAGUCAGGCGAUGACGUGGCACGUUAAGUGCCACGUGGCAGGUCAGCGACACGUGGCAUACCCAGGUCAACACCACGUGUCACUUGACAUGUAAAAAAGAUU